AUGGUCUGCAGGGACGACUCGACUUACUUCCCCUUCUCUUCGCUUCUGGUUUUUGGUUUGUUAAUGGAUAAGCUCAAAAUUUUCUCAUGGAAUGUAGGGGGUGCAGGGAGUAAAGCCUUCUCUCGAGCACUCAAAUUGGCCAUCCAGAGUCACCGGCCAGACUUUGUGGUGUUACAGGAGCCCCAAAUUAGUGGGGAGGCUGCGAACAGAGUUUGUGAUAGGUUGGGAUUUCCGAAUUCUAUAAGGGUAGAGGCUGAAGGGAGGAUGGGCGGAGUUUGGGUGUUCUGGGACGCAGGAGUUUUCUCGGUUGAGCUCUUCUCUGCCUGCACGCAACAGAUUUCUUUGCGGGUUUCCCAACCAACGGGGAGCUCCUGGAUGUUAACUGCGGUGUAUGCCUCUCCCCGAAUGAGUGAACAAAGCCGGUUAUGGGAUAGUAUUGUUGCCCAAAGCCAUUAUAUUGAUAUUCCAUGGUUGCUCACAGGUGGUUUUAAUGCCAUCAGUUCGCCGGAUGAGAAGUCGGGUCCUCCUAAGAGUAACACGCUGAGAAGAUGUCAAGUGUUUACUGACCGUAUGAACCUAGCUGAGCUGGUUGAUCUUGGGUUCUCGGGUCCUAAGUACACGUGGUCAAGGGGUGACCAGCAGCAGACCUAUAAAGCCAGCCGCUUGGACAGGAGCCUAUGUAAUCUUAGGUGGAACACGAGCUAUCCUAAUACCUCCGUGGUGCACCUCCCUCGGUUUCAUUCAGAUCAUAACCCAAUUCUCACAACUGUGGAGCUCCAGCAGGGACACCAGUCUUUGCCUCGUCAGUUCAAAUUUGAAGCUGCUUGGCUCACAAAUGACAGCCUUCAGGAGGUUGUGACGGAGUCGUGGAAUCCUUCAUGCCCGCUCUAG